AUGGGGACUGGAAACUACACAACUGUGACAGAGUUCAUUAUUUUGGGGUUAACAGAGGAUACUACACUUUGUGCUAUCUUAUUUAUUGUGUUUCUAGGAAUCUAUGUUGUCACCUUAAUGGGUAAUGUCAGCAUAAUCAUGUUAAUCAGAAGAAGUCCUCAUCUUCAUGCACCCAUGUACCUUUUCCUCUGCCAUUUGGCCUUUGUAGAUGUCGGGUACUCCUCAUCAGUCACACCUGUCAUGCUCAUGGGCUUCCUCAGGAAAGGAGCCUCUCUCCCUGCUAUUGGCUGCAUGGCCCAGCUCUGUUCUGUGGUGACCUUUGGGACAGCUGAAUGCUUCCUGCUGGCCGCCAUGGCCUACGAUCGCUACGUGGCCAUCUGCUCUCCUCUCCUCUACUCCACCCACAUGUCCCCCAGGGUCUGCAUCAUCUUAGUGGGAGCCUCCUACCUGGGGGGAUGUGUGAACGCUUGGACUUUCACUGGCUGCUUAUUAAGUCUGACCUUCUGCGGGCCAAAUAAAGUCAAUCACUUUUUCUGUGACUAUUCACCACUUUUGAAGCUUUCUUGUUCUCAUGAUUUUACUUCUGAAAUAAUUCCAGCCAUCUCUUCUGGUUCCAUCAUUGUGGUCACUGUGUUUGUCAUAGCUGUCUCCUACAUCUACAUCCUCAUCACCAUCCUGAAGAUGCGCUCCACCGAGGGGCGCCACAAGGCCUUCUCCACCUGCACCUCCCACCUCACUGCGGUCACUCUGUUCUAUGGGACCAUUACAUUCAUUUACGUGAUGCCCAAGUCCAGCUAUUCAACUGACCAGAACAAGGUGGUGUCUGUGUUUUACACGGUGGUGAUCCCCAUGUUGAACCCCCUCAUCUACAGUCUCAGGAACAAGGAGAUCAUGGGGGCUCUGAAGAGACAGCUUGGAAGAAAAAUAUUUUCUUAA